ACAUGAUCACAGAAUGUCAUUUUUGGCUGUGAUUUUGAUUUGAGAUUUUUUGUCUAGAAGUUACAAGAAUUUGUAUCGUGAAUAAAAAUCACUUUUGCGGAUAAUCAGUUCAUUGCUAGAAAAAAACAAAUAUCAAAAUGCAAGGUCUGAGCCUUCAAAGUUUGAAGAAACACAAGGCCCUGAUCCCACUAUAUGUUUGUGUGGGUCUGGGAUGCGGAGGGUCGAUGUUCUAUCUACUCCGUCUGGCGACACGCUCUCCCGACGUGUCCUGGAACAAGAACUCAAACCCCGAACCCUGGCAAGAGUAUAGAGACAAGCAGUACAAGUUCUACUCACCAAACAUUGAUUACUCCAAGAUAGAGUCACCUGCACCCAAGUACUAAGUUAAGGUUAAUAGUAAUUAAUUAAUCUUAUGUAAUGGAAAUGAGCUGCAGUGUUAGAAACUUUUAUUUAAUAAAUAGUGCUAUGUGAUAAUUUAA